GGAUGGACUGCAUGAUUAUUAUUAUGUAUAAGCAGAAGGACACUGUCAUGCAGCAUCUCUCUCAGCAGCGCUGACUCUGCAAAGCUUUUAUUUCUCUGGGACUCUGCUUGUAGAUCGAGGAUGCCAGUGAGGAUGCAGGUAAACACAUGAGCAAGGGCAGAGAGAUACAGUGAGAAAAAUGCAGCAUCCGUCAAGAGUUGUUAUUCUACAGUGAAUGAAGGAUGCUGGAGCAGCAUGUGCUGUUGUCAUCUGAAAUCAGUCUAACCUGACUUCAGAUAGAGCGGCUCGAAUGGCAGGCGCCGAGCUUUGACCAGAUGUCAACACAAUCCCACGCUGCACUGCUCACAGAAUGGACUCCAACGGUGAUGGCAAAGAGGAAUGGACAGAGGAGCAAUGGGAGAAAUGGUUGACGCAUGACAUAGGUUUGGAUGGAUUUGAAGAUGAGGAUCUGUCUGAAAUCACAGAAAUCAAGGAUGAAUUUGCACUGAGGCCCAGGCGCAACGACUCUGACAUCAAGGAUCAUGUGAUCCAGGCACACACUAGUGGCCUGGACGAGGUGGAGGCAGGCGCAGCGGGUCAGAUCCAGGCAGAGACACAUCCUUCACAUCUUACUGAUGCUGCACACAGGAGCCAAAGAGUGGUUUGUCGAGCAUCAAUGGAUUCUGCCAUUCCUGUCAGCAUGGAUGCCUACCGUCCAAAACGACCCACCACUCUCAACUUAUUCCCACAGGUGCCGCGGACUCAGGACACUUUAAACAACAACUCAUUUGCGAAGAAGUACAGCUGGCAGCAGAAAAUCUCCCAGACCUUGCCCCCUCUUAAAACAGGUGAACUGGCGCCUUCUCGCGAACACACGUGUCUGAGCGAUGAGGAGAAGCACCAGCCGGGACAGAGUCGGACUCAAAUGAAAGACUGUGGCACCUCUACUGACAAGCCCAACAGUUGCCCCUCCAAACACACUCAAGCUCCAGCCCCACCAUACAAAGCCAGAGACGUGCACAGAGAACUGGGCCACUGCGAACGCAUCCGAUAUCACACAGACGUCAGGCUUGAGCCUACGGAGGAGAUCUUUCUGACGCCGAUACAGCGCUGCACUGAGGCUCUGGAGCACGAGAGAACGCCGGUGCUUUCCCAAGUAAUCCCAGACAGCUCUGACAACGAAGCUCCCCCUCCGUACAGCAAACAGGAUCUGCAACCGCCGUCCUAUUCCUCUUGUGUGGAAGCUUUGGCUGCUGUGGACCCUGACAGUGAAGCAGAAGAAGCAACUAGAGCGGAAGAUCUGUGUUACAGAGACUGCGGCGCAGGCGAGGCUCACGCGCACCGCGAGGGUUUGUCGGGAAUGCUGCGGACUUCCAUGAGCAACUCGGACGCAAGUGGACUUUCGUACGAUUCGGUCAAAUACACGCUGGUCGUGGACGAGCACGAUCAGCUGGAGCUCGUCAGCUUGAAAGAGUGUUAUAGCGGAUACAGCGACGACAGCGACUCGGCCACCAUCUACGAUAACUGCGUCUCCUCUCCAUACGAGUCGGCUCUUGAGAAAGAGGAUGAGGAGAACGAGAAUGAAGACGGGGGAAGAAAACAAAGCGGGAUUAAACAGGACGCUUCGACGUGUCUGUCAGAGGACUCCACACCUGAAGCCGACAUGCAGUUUUCUCGGAAAUUCGUUAAUGUUUUCAUGAAUGGCUGCUCACGCUCCUCCAGUACAGAAUCCUUUGGCUUGUUUUCCUGCAUAAUUAAUGGAGAAGAGCGAGAACAGACACACAGAGCCGUCUACAGGUUUGUCCCUCGUCAUGAUGACGAGCUGGAGCUGGAGGUCAGUGACCCUCUGCUGGUGGAGCUGCAGGACGAGGAUCACUGGUGCGAGGGCUACAACAUGAGGAGCGGAGCACAUGGCAUCUUUCCCGCUUAUUACGCCACUGAGGUCUUCAAGGAGCAAGAACUUGCUUCAAAUGUGAAAAGUACUGAAUGGACGGAGAAAUAUACCGUGAAAUUCCUCGGCUCGGUUCAAGUGCUGACUCACAAAGGCCAUGAUGUUUUGUGUGCAGCUAUGCAAAAGAUUGCGAUGAACAGGAGACUGACUGUGCUUUACAAUCCUCCCUCAUCCUGCGUUCUGGAGAUCAACGUGAAGGGAUUGAAACUCACAGUGCAGGAUGAUUUCGACUUGAGCAGCCAAUAUAGUCACUUUUUCCAUUUGAAAAAUGUCUCAUUCUGCGGCUACCAUCCCAGAAACAACAAGUAUUUUGGCUUCAUCACCAAACAUCCAGCUGAUGAGAGAUUCGCCUGUCAUGUCUUUGUGUCGGAGAACUCCACUAAACCGCUCGCAGAGUCCGUCAGGAAAGCUUUCCAGUUGUACUAUAAAGAGUUUGUGGAGGUCUCGUGUCCAACAGAAGACAUCUACCUGGAAUAAUCUCGGACUACAACACAGCAGUGUAUAUUACGACUAUGCUACAUGAGAAAUAAUAAUAUCAAAGACUGAUAUACCUGACAAAUGAAAUGAAGAGUGACUGACUGAGGCUUGUAACGUGAUGCACGUGACCUGGUUUUGUGUUGGAAUUCAUCAGACUGACGCACAAAAAAAGAAAAAUUGUACAGUAUAAAAUGCUGAAAUUAUUUUCCAGAUAUUGAUGAUUUUGGAUGCUUUGGAUGAGGCUUUCAUCCGUUUCUCUGCUCUUGCUGCUGCGCUGCGCUUCAGGCUUCAUAGAGGAUAUUUUUUCAUUGCACAAAACCAUGCAUUCUCAUAAAAUAUUAGUAAAACAUAUAAACGGUGACCAGUUUAACGAGACGCUUGUGAAUUGCUUGUGAUGUCUGUUGCGUUUUACAGGUAUACCAGCAUCAUUAAUUCCUAAAAACCUGCCUGUAACGUGAAGUUCUUAGGUAUUAUUAAUUUGAAACGGUAAAAUAGGACUCGUUACGCAGUUAGUCACCAAAUGAAAGACAGAUCUAUAAAUAGCUACAAAGGAGUUGUAUGGCAAUUUUAUCAUAUUAAUAGAAGUCAUUAACAGUUGAUCAGAAAAUGUUUUAGGACUUUCAGUAUUCCUUUUGGAUCAAGUGCAAUGGAAAUGGUUAAACUAAAUAAUAAUAAUAAAUAUCAGUGCCAUGGAGUAAUGGAAGGUAAAUGACUUUGGAAGAGCUGCUUUUGGCUUGGUUUUAAUAAACUCCUGUGAAAGCAAGACCUUAUUUCAUCAGUAUGAACAGAUUAUGUGCUCAUUAAAGGCUUGUUCAUCAAGGAACACUUGUUUUAUUUAGAUACCAAUAUGCUACAAACUAAAUCUAUUUAAUGAAGGUAA